UGCUUGCUCUUAAAAUUUUCUACAUUAAUUUUUGUACAUUUUUAAAGCGGAUUCGAGUCCACUGGAGUCCACGUCCACGUAGGGACGAACCGUCGAGCCGUCGAUGAACGAUACUUACCUCAGUGGCAAACUGCAAGUUAUAAAUUGUUGGUCGAAGAAUCCAAGUGUCCAAGUGUUGCGUAAUUAAAAGAAAAGCGACGAGUAUGAAUGUAAUAAUAAACACGUGCAAACAAACGACGAGGAUAGCCGUGAAUUUAUUGAAGAACGGUACUAACCUUUCUUCAAGAAAGUAUGCCGCUACUAUAGCCGACUACAAAAUUACUUGGGUACGACCAAAGAGAGUGUCGAAUUUGUCAUUUGAAAAGUCUGGCGAUCAAGGGUUAAAAGUCGAUGUCAAGUCAUCUGAUUUUGGCAAAAUGUACAACGAGUUACCUGAACUGAAAGAUGCCAGUGACAUGGUUAAGAAGAUGUUCACCCUACAAUUUCUACCUCGCAAAGAAACAACUCGUGCCAGAAAGGAGAAGGUUUUAGAAUUGGUCAGAAGGCACAGAUUAGAUUGGAAAUCGCCAGAAGCUCAGAUUGCCACUAUGACCAGUGACAUACAUCAGUUGCAGCAACAUUUAACGGAAUAUCCCAAACAUACGAAAAUGAAAGUUAAAUUGUUAGAAACGAUCGCGAAGCGAAGGAAAAUGCUGAAAUUCUUGCGACAAUGGGAUUACAGACGUUUCGAAUGGGUCUUGGAGAAACUCAAUCUUAUUUACAAACCGACGCCCGAGUUUCCACAUCAGAUCACUAGAAAAGAUUCCUUAAGACGAUUAACGGAAAAGCAUUGCGACAAACUCGUGCAAGAAAAGUUGGAUGCUUACAAAAGAGAACUGAAAGUACUGCAAAAGGAUUUUUACACGGAAAAGGCAGAGAAGCUUGCGUUUAUCAGAAAGGAAGAACUAGCGUGUGGGUUACAACCGUCUGUGAGCGAAGAGGAUAUUGCAUGCGCCAAGUUGAAAGCAAGGGAAUAUCAAACGUAAUAUAUCGAUGUGUUACGUGUAGUUUAGAGACAAUAACAACGUCGUCAAUGUCGUUACAUUAUAUAAUUCCUUAUGCUUUACUUUGUCCACGUCUAUUUGUAAUACAUCCGCAUUUGUGAUA